AUGGAGGUGCUUCUGGAUCCUCUCCAAACUCACUCACUCAAGAGGAGGAGGAGGAGGAGGUGGAGAAGGGAGGAGAAUGCAGAGAGGGAGGAGGACGCAGAGAGGGAGGAGGACGCAGAGAGGGAGGAGGACGCAGAGAGGGAGGAGGACGCAGAGAGGGAGGAGAAUGCAGAGAGGGAGGAGAAUGCAGAGAGGGAGGAGAAUGCAGAGAGGGAGGAGGACGCAGAGAGGGAGGAGGACGCAGAGAGGGAGGAGGACGCAGAGAGGGAGGAGAAUGCAGAGAGGGAGGAGGACGCAGAGAGGGAGGAGGACGCAGAGAGGGAGGAGGACGCAGAGAGGGAGGAGAAUGCAGAGAGGGAGGAGGACGCAGAGAGGGAGGAGGACGCAGAGAGGGAGGAGAAUGCAGAGAGGGAGGAGAAUGCAGAGAGGGAGGAGGACGCAGAGAGGGAGGAGGACGCAGAGAGGGAGGAGGACGCAGAGAGGGAGGAGGAGAGGGAGGAGGAAGAGGAGGCUGAAGAGGUUCCUCUAAUAUGA